AGUGUUUAUAACAUAUUUAAAUCUAUGAGGUGACAAAAAGGCUCCAAACUAUUUUAAUGUCAGGCUAAAUUUUAAAACCAGUUAUCAUGUUUGCGAAAAGUAAUUUUAACUUUAAUCAAUGUGUUUUUUUCAUUUGUCUUGAGAAAUAUGUCUGUUAACGUUUUUCUUUAUUAUUUUUUCAUUAAGUAUUAUUAGAAAAAAACUAUGUCUUAUUUGAAACCAACUUACUAGGUUGAGUAUCAGUUUGAAAUGACCUUUAGCAAAUUGGAUAGAUUUUAUAGGGGUAUCCUGUUAUCUAGAUAUUUCAUUAAAGGAUGGGGUACUCCUGAAAAUCUUAAAAGGCUUUUACUGUUUAGAAAGGUUCUUUCUAACCGUAGUGAUUGUUUUAAAUUAGUUGGAGAACAUUAUCCAAUUGAAAUAACUAAGGAUGAAUAUGAAGGUGAUAUACACAUUCUUGAAGGACAUUUUUAUUCCCCUUUUAAUUUUUAUCUACCAACACUACUUCCAAAAGAGUCAAAAGAGGCUCAUUUUCAAAUGAUUUUACCAAAAAAGUGGAAAGAUGAUGGUUUUAAGCCUGUUUGUAUUCACAUGGCUGGAACUGGAGAUCAUUAUUUCUGGCGUAGACGUCACUUAAUAGCUAAACCUUUAUUACGAGAAGCUGGUAUUGGAUCUAUUAUUCUGGAAAAUCCUUUCUAUGGCUUCAGGAAACCUGUGUACCAAAUGAGGUCAGUUUUGAAUAAUGUGUCGGAUAUUUUUGUUAUGGGUGGAUGUCUGAUACUUGAAGCUUUAGUACUCUUUCAUUGGUGUACAAAACAUGGUUUUGGACCUCUGGGAGUUAGUGGACUUUCAAUGGGAGGACAUAUGGCAUCCUUAGCUGCUACUAAUUGGCCAUUUCCUUUGGUCCUUGUUCCUUGCUUGUCUUGGUCUACAGCUUCUGGUGUCUUUACAGAGGGAGUAAUGAGUAGAGCAAUCAAUUGGGAUAUGUUAGAAUUUCAAUAUAAAGAAAAUGAGGCUUUCAGGACAGAAUUAUAUAAAAUGGUGCAGAUUCGUGAAAGUGAUGCAUUCCAAGCUGGAAAAGAGUUUGUUAAAAACUUUCCUGAAAGUAUGUUACAUUUAAAGGAACAUGGCCCUGGUCUAGAUACAAAAAAAGAAAUAUCAGUUUCCAAAUCAGCUUUGUUUCCAAUAAAUCAGAAGUUGACAAAAUUUUUAAAAAUGAAUACUGAGCCUGUGUCUGACUUAACUAAUUUUUCAUUAUUGCUGGAGAAGGUGUUCCAUCCUAAAUACAUUGAUCGCUCCUCUAUUUCUUCUAACAAACAAGAAACAAUUAAUUUUAUGAGAGGGAUCAUGGAUGAAUGUACUCAUCUCAAGAAUUUUUCUGUGCCUGUUGAUACAUCUCUCAUUAUAAGUGUGUGUGCUCGUGAUGAUGGUUAUGUCCCAAGAGAUGGUGUCACUGACCUUUCUGAAAUUUGGCCUGGAGCAGAUGUUCGUUUUAUUGAUGCUGGGCAUGUUUCUGCAUUUGUUCUGCAUCAGAAAGAAUUUCGGCAAGCUAUAAUAGAAGCCUUUGAGAGAUACAGAUCCAAAUAUAUGUUGCACUAAAAUGUCUGGAGAAAAGCCGGAAAUCGAAGCCACUUAAGGAUACAGAAGAAAAAUUAUAUUCCACAAAAUUGCUUUCAAGAAUAUUACGAAAAAAAGUACAUAUGUUUCUGUGUGUAUAUAUAACUUUAGAAACUCUUGUCUUACGUGCAAUAUAUUUUUCAAUUAUCUUGAA